UUAUAUACUUUAUUUUCUUUAAGACAUUGUAGAAUUUAAACUACAAAUAUUGCUUAUAAAGACUUCAAUUCACCAACAUUUGGUUCUGGACUCUGAAUUCUAAUACAAAAGAAGAAGAGAAAAAUGGGAGGGAUAAAGAAAUAUCGUGGUGUGAGACAACGCCCCUCGGGCUCUUGGGUUGCUGAGAUUCGUCAUCCAAUCCUAAAGAAGAGAGUGUGGCUCGGAACAUAUGAAACAGCUAAAGAAGCAGCUCAUGCAUAUGAUGAGGCUGCUAUAAUUUUGCGUGGUCAUGGUGGCAAUGAAAAUCUUCCCCAUAAUGUCAAUGGGGAUUAUGAUUCAGAGCAGAGAAGGAUUCUGUCCACAGCAAUGAUUUCUAAGCUCCACCAUCUCAAUAUGGCCUCCAUGAAUAAGUUUUUGUUGCAAUAUGCUGCUAAGAAGAAGGGCUCCUUAUUCUCUUCCCUUUCUUUUGUCUGCUUAAAGUUAGACAAUGAGAAAUCCAAUCAAUUGGGAAUCUGGCAAAACAAAGUGGGUGGUGGAGGAGAAGAUGAAUCCAACUGGAUCAUGAAAGUUGAAAUUCCUGCAAUGAAAGUGAAUGAUGAUAGAGAUGAUGGCAGAGCUCCAGAGAUGAUAGAAGAGCUUCUUCAACUGUGCAAUACUUCUAGAGCUGCAACAUAAGCAUUGUGGUAAGAGGAAUAUUUGGUAGAUAACAACGCUAUUAAAGAACUAAAGUCAAUAGAAUAUUUAGUAGGUAGGAGUAACUUGUAGAUGGUGAUGUAACUAAUUUAAGCAUGAUUAUACUUUCAAACAGAAACGGUUAUCUAAUCUUUAGGAUGCAUCAAGAUAUUAAUACCUUUCAUACAUUAUUAAUACAUUGUAAUAAAUUUUUGGUGCGUCCUAAGAAUUAUAUAGUCAUUUCCCUUUCAAGCAGAGAAAAAAGAAUCAAGAUAUU